AACAUUCUUGGUUUCAGGGCUGUGGAUAAUCUCGAAAUCAAGCUGAAAGAUGUGGAGUCCGGCUAUGAAAAGUUGGUUCAGCUCAGAGCUCGGCUGGACGCGGAGUCAGGGUUGCAAACGUCCAUUGAUGAGGCAUGGAAGGAAACCUCGCUUGCGAAUGGUUCCUUGUCUUAUGGGGGGGCACCUGGCAUGGAGCUGCCCAAGGGCCCGGAUCCAGAGAUGGUCGCAGUGGCACGGCAGCUUGGCAAAGGCAUGCAGGGUACAUUGGAAGACUGGGAAGCUGAUUUUCUGGACUUGAUCACUUUUGACCAUGGGAUGGAUGCUUUAUCGGAGGAGUUUGAGUCAUGCGAGUGUAUCAAAUCCAAAGAAAUGGUGCCUUGCACGGACAUCAUCGAGAACGCUAAAACAUCGACUUCCGCGAGUGCUGGGGUAAGAGUUCUUGCAGGCAUCUCUUUGGGCCACUCUGAGAGUGGAGUGCACAAGGUCCUGGAUGAGCAGGGUUGCAGGCUUCCUGUUCCCCUCCAAUUUGUUGACCUCCCAACCCAAAAAAAGGUUCCAUACGUCCUAAUGAGUGACUGGGCUUUCUUCCUUGCAAGCACAGGGAGGCUACACUACUUGGUUGGCACGAGCGAUGUAAUGAAACGCCGCGAGCUUUGCCUGGAGUUUUGGCUUCGCCUCAAGCAAUCAAGACCAGAUCACCCAGUUUACAGCAGUGGACAAGGUGAUGGAAAAGAAGACCUUGAUCGUUUACGGAACACCAUACCGCUUUUGCACCAUGGUGAUGAAGGCCGUACAUACCGCAAAUUGCCGCUGAUGGUGCUGAGUACGCAUGGGGUUCUUGGUCGAGGAUGCAACCAAGCAGCCGACAAAAACAAGAACAAUUACGCCGCGCAGGAAGACCCGAUGCGCCUCAACUUCUUGGGCAGCACGAUCUCCACCCACUACAUUUUUGCAGCGCUCCCCCACUCCUUGUAUAAGAAAUGCCCAGAAGCCCUGGACAUAAUGUUGGAGCUCUACGCGAAGGAUAUGGAGUAUUUGGCCACCAACGGUUUAUUGGUGCCGGACGGAGAUUCUGUUCGACGCAUUUACUUUCAAGUCUUGGCUGUCAAGGGUGACCUUCCAUAUUUAGGCAAGGCAGCGCAUUUCUCGCGAACCUAUUCCAUGUGUCCGAAACAGUCUGAAAGCAAAAAGGCUGCUUCUGGAAUUUGCUACAGGUGUUGGGCUGGUGUGGAAGGUGGUCAGGAAACUUGGCCUUGGGAAGAGUUCGUUUUGCAGGCAAGGUGGCUGCAAACAGACGGAAUGGAGCCGGCAGGCUUCAGUCGAGCCGGCCCCCUGCUACACAUUCCCCAUGACAAGGCCAUGUGGCUAUACCGAUUGGACAUUUGGCAUACGUUCCAUCUUGGUUGUGGAAAAAGCUUUGCAGCAUCAGCAAUUGUCAUUCUCCUAGAGUCCAUGGAGGAACAGCGUACAAUAGACCAACGGCUGUCUUUGCUGACUGAGGAUUAUAGAAGCUUUUGCAAACGGACCCGCAGCUACGCCUUCAUAACUCAGAUUACUCGCGACCUGCUGGCGUGGCAGAAUUCAAAUGACAUGCCUGCAGGGUCGUGGCACAAAGGUUUCCUCACGACGCGCCUGUUUGAGUGGCUCGAAGAUUACAUGGGAAGGCUGCACAAGGAUGACACGCACCCGGCAUUGAGUGAAAUUGUGCCUCGGUUUCCAACAUUUUAA